AUGGUGCUUUUUACCGUCGCCUCAAAGGCGAAUGCAGCAUAUAUCCUCCCCGUCGUCACUGCUGCGGCGUAUGUCCAGGUCUCUACCCCUGAUGCUGGACUAAGCAUUACUUUUGAAGAUGAAGAAUCUGUUGGAGCCAAGAAGGGGAAAUUGGAAUUAAAGCUUCCAGAUGGGAAAUUGGUGUACGAUGAUGAUAUUAUACCAUACUUACGGGAGAACUAUCCAGCUUUGCAAAUCGGAAAUAAGGAGCAGGUCUUGGACAAGCCGUUGAAAGAGCUCGACUCGCAUCUGACGUUGCGCUCCUAUAUUGUAGGCUACUCGCUCACGCUUGCGGACAUUGUGAUUUGGGGAGCUCUUCGUGGGAACAAGGUUGCCAUUCCUAAUAUUAAGAGAAAUGCCAAAAAUAUUGCCAGAUGGAGUAGCUUCAUUGAAGCAUCCUACCCAUGGGUAAGCAAUGGGCCAGCAGAACUACAGGCCAGUGCACAAAAGAAGAGAGCUGCAGCAAGUGCCGCAGGCGCCAGCUACAACAUUGGCCUCCCAAACACCGAGAAUGGAGUGGUUACUCGUUUUCCUCCCGAGCCUUCUGGGUAUCUCCAUAUUGGGCACGCGAAAGCUGCUUUGCUCAAUGACUAUUUUGCUCACGAGCAGUACAAAGGAACUUUGAUUUGUCGCUUUGAUGACACCAAUCCAACCAAGGAAAACCAGGAGUUUGAAGAUGCCAUUAAACAUGACCUAAGCCUGCUCGGCAUCACACCAGACAAAAUAUCGUUCUCAAGUGAUUACUUCCAGGAAAUGUACGAAUAUUGCAUACAGAUCAUCAAAGAUGGAAAGGCAUAUGCGGAUGACACGGAGAAGGAACAGAUGCAACAUGAGCGACGUGAGGGAAUCGCAAGUAAAAACCGCGACGCAACUGUUGAACAGAAUCUGGCUCGAUUUGAGGAGAUGAAGCUUGCUUCACCGGAAGGACUGAGAUGGUGCAUUCGCGCUAAAAUUUCAGUUGAUGACAACAAUAAAGCAUUGAGAGAUCCAGUAAUCUACCGCUGCAAUCUUCAACCACAUCACCGGACUGGUUCCACGUGGAAGAUCUACCCAACGUACGAUUUCUGCGUCCCCAUUCUGGAUUCCUUGGAAGGUGUCACGCACGCCUUGCGUACCACCGAGUAUGGAGAUCGUAAUGCGCAAUAUGCUUGGAUGCAGGAAACACUCGGUCUGCGCAAAGUGUAUAUCUGGGAUUUCUCGCGUCUCAACUUUAUUCGUUCCGUCUUGUCUAAGCGCAAACUCACCCAGAUCAUCGAUCAGGGCGUAGUGUGGGGCUGGGACGACCCUCGCAUGCCUACUAUCAGAGGAAUUCGCCGGCGUGGAAUGACGGUCCCAGCUUUACGUGAAUAUAUCCUCAAGCAAGGCCCUAGCAAGAAUGUCGUCAAUCAAGACUGGACCAAGUUUUGGGCGACCAACAAGAAAUAUAUCGACCCCGUGGCUCCACGACAUACUGCAGUCGAGAAGGAGGACAUGGUUGAGGCGAGGGUUCAAGGGGCCGAUGGCGUUACAUAUGCUGAAAAGCCUAGACAUGGGAAGAACCCUGAAGUUGGGUUGAAGAAGGUGGUCUAUAGCAAUACCAUCCUCCUUGACCAGGCCGAUGCCAAGAGCUUUAAAGAGGGUGAAGAGAUCACUCUGAUGAACUGGGGAAAUGCCUAUGUUCGCAAGAUCCAUGCUGAGCCAACCAGCGGAAAGAUCACCGGUCUAGACCUCCAGCUCCAUCUCGCAGGAGACGUGAAAAAGACAGAGAAGAAGGUCACAUGGUUGUCAAAGGACCAAGAGCUUGUGCCAGUAACCCUAUAUGAGUUCGACUAUCUCAUUACCAAGGACAAAAUGGAAAAGGAUGACGAUAUCAACCUGAUUCUGAAUCCAACGACCGAAGUGAAGACUGAAGCGUUGGGUGACUGCAACGUUGCCCAUCUCUCCGAGGGAGAAAUCAUUCAAUUCGAGAGGAAGGGAUAUUUCAGGGUUGAUCGCCCUUAUAAGGAAGGUCAGCCGGCUGUUCUGUUCAAUAUUCCAACUGGUAAAUCUGGGUGA